UCAGUGUGAGUGUGUGUGUGUGUGAGACCUUACUCACCAUGGAUGGAGCGGUGGGCGGGGCCUCCUCAGACCCUCGGCCCCUCCGUAAUGGGGACACAAAGCGGCGUAGUAAGGGGAGUUUACCGUCUCCCGGGUUCCGUCUUUCCCAGGCGUCUCUGGACGGCGAGGUGGCCCCGAGACGCCGUCCGUCAGUCAUGAGCUCAUCGCGAGAUGCCACCAGUGUGAUCCGGGUCGCCACAGCUGCAGGAACGCCCACCACACCCGGCCCGCCUGGCUCCGUGCCCCCUGCAGGUGGGCCGCGCACUGUGGGCUUUGCUACAUCCCGCGCCGCCCUCGCGUCCACAUCGUCCUCUGGCACGGGUGUGGUGGUGGUAGCUGCUGGUAGCGGGGCCACUGGAGGGGCGGAGCUAACCACCACAAUGACGACAGCGGCUGGGAGUCCGGAGGUAGUUCCCGGACUGGACGGAGACGAGUAUUACAGCUACUCAAAUCAGUCAACGUUUAUGCAGCGACAGCUCGGCGCCAUGCUACAGCCUGGAGUCAACAAGUUCUCUCUGCGCAUGUUUGGAUCGCACAAGGCAGUCGCCCUCGAACAGGAACGUCUGAAGAGUGCCGGGGCAUGGAUCAUCCACCCAUACAGUGACUUCAGGUUUUAUUGGGAUCUCCUGAUGCUCCUGUUGAUGAUGGGGAACUUGAUUAUCCUUCCGGUGGGAAUCACUUUCUUUAAGGAUGAGAACACUCCACCGUGGAUCAUCUUCAAUGUAGUGUCUGACACAUUGUUCCUGGUGGAUCUGGUGCUGAACUUCAGGACCGGCAUCGUGAAGGAGGACAGCACGGAGAUCAUACUCGACCCCAAAGCCAUCCGCCGCUACUACCUGAGGAGCUGGUUUGCUGUCGACUUCAUCUCCUCCAUCCCCGUCGACUACAUCUUCCUCAUGGUGGACCUGGAGGAGCGGCUAGAUUCGGAGGUGUAUAGAACAGCUCGAGCUCUGAGAAUCGUUCGCUUCACAAAAAUCCUCAGCCUGCUGCGCCUGCUCCGACUGUCUCGCCUCAUUCGCUACAUCCACCAGUGGGAGGAGAUCUUCCACAUGACCUAUGACCUGGCCAGUGCGAUGGUGCGGAUCGUGAACCUGAUCGGGAUGAUGCUGCUGCUGUGCCACUGGGACGGAUGUCUGCAGUUCCUCGUCCCCAUGCUGCAGGACUUCCCUCAUGACUGCUGGGUCUACAAGAACAAUAUGGUGAACGACUCGUGGGGUGUGCAGUACUCGUACGCUCUGUUUAAGGCCAUGAGUCACAUGCUAUGUAUCGGCUACGGCGCUCAGGCUCCAGAGGGGAUGACCGAUGUUUGGCUAACGAUGCUUAGCAUGAUUGUGGGAGCGACAUGUUACGCCAUGUUCAUCGGCCACGCUACCGCGCUCAUCCAGUCACUGGACUCCUCACGGAGACAGUACCAGGAGAAGUAUAAACAGGUAGAGCAGUACAUGUCCUUCCACAAACUCCCAGCUGACGUGAGACAGAAGAUCCAUGAGUAUUAUGAACAUCGCUAUCAGGGCAAAAUGUUUGAUGAGGAGAACAUCCUGGGGGAACUGAGUGACCCACUAAAGGAGGAAAUUGUGAGCUUUAACUGCCGCAGUUUGGUGGCCAACAUGCCGCUGUUCGCUAACGCCGACCCAAACUUUGUGACUGCGGUCCUCACUAAACUGCGCUUCGAGGUGUUUCAGCCUGGAGACUUCAUCAUUCGUGAGGGGACGGUCGGUCGAAAAAUGUACUUUAUUCAGCACGGCCGAGUCAGCGUCCUCACCAGGGGAAACAAGGAAACCAAACUCAGCGAUGGAUCAUACUUUGGAGAGAUCUGUCUUUUGACCCGGGGCAGAAGAACUGCGAGUGUGAGAGCUGAUACGUACUGUCGUCUUUACUCUCUAAGCGUGGACAGCUUUAACGAGGUUCUCGAGGAACACCCGAUGAUGAGACGAGCGUUUGAAACGGUGGCAGCUGACCGACUGAACCGCAUUGGUAAGAAGAACUCUAUCCUCUUGAGAAAGACAUCUCAGGGCGGCUCUGUGGCGAGCAGCACUCUGGGCCGUGGGGGCGGGCCUGGGACUGGGGGUGGAGGCAGCAGUGGACGUGGUGGUGCUGGAUCCUGUGACAGCAUUUUAGUGCAGCAGAUCGUAAAACAUGACAGCAUGCCAACCAUGCAGGAUGUUGCUACUGGUAACUGGAUUGGGGGUGCUGGAGGGGCUGUGGCAGGAGGUAUGUCCUCUCAUCCACGGCCAGUUAUCUGGGCUCCAUUAGUCCAUGCCCCUUUACACACUGCGGCAGCAGCAUCGAAUGUUGCUAUAACACUUCUCCAGCAGCAGCAGCAGCAACAGCAGGGCUUGUUUCUUCCGUCCCCCCUCUCUAUUUGCCCCACCCCUCUACCUAUUUGCCCCUCUUCUGUUCCUAUUUGCACCUCCCCCUCCUCUUGCCCACUUUCACCUCCGCGUGCACCUAUUCUGCCACCACGCCAGUCCCUGAGUUCUAUUGUCACCCCCCGUGGAGGCCACACAUCCAAUACAUCAACCCCUUCCCCAUCUACAGCAGGACCACCUAUAGGUGCAGGAGGAGUCAUCAAAACACCCUGCACUCCCAUGUCAUCAGUUCCUGUCCCCUUGCAAGUCAGCAGGACUCUGCACAGCAACCACCGCCUUCACACAGAACCAAGUGUGGGAGGAGGCGCUAAUAAAUUACCACUCCAGAAAUCCAUGCCCCCUUCUUCUGGAGCCAAAGAGGCUCUGAUGCGUCAUGUUGGAGGAGGGAGCACACAGGGCCUACCAUUGUUGGGCCGCCUCACCCAGGAGGCACGGCUUCUCUCUGCCUCUCAGCCCACCCUUCCCCAUCGUGGUUGGCCACACCCCCCUCUCCAUAGGAAAGCUUCUGGGGGUAACUUACUCCCUGCUCCUUUUGUGAUGUCACAGGCUCAGUUUGUGUGGGGGGGUAGUGCGGGAGUGCUUAGCUCACACAAUCCACCAGGGCAGAAAAUACCUGCACAGACAUCUUUGCCCCUACCCUCACCUCUCACUCACACACAGUCAUCCACACAGGCCACUCCGCCUCCCACUGGCUCCUCCCCUGCAAAAACACAUACUUCUUACUCCUCGGCUCAUGUCCCUCAAGCCCAAGGGCCUGGGGCUUCUGCCCCACUGAUUCCCCAAACUCAGCAUCCAAAACCCACCCCUACACAGUCCUCCACUUCCCCAACUUUUGCCACUUCAGAUCCCCCCACUUAUUUCAACCCUGUUCCCUUGGUACCACCCCAAACUCAGAGUAGUAAGCCCUCACCCACUUCUCCUUCUCAACCUCAGAGUCCUCGUUCAAAACUUUCUCAGACUCCUCCUCCACCUUCUCCAUUAUCUUUCACUCCAUCUGCAACUCCAUCUCACACUCGUACCCCAACCCCCAUUCACACACCUGCUCCCACCCCCACACACACUCAAGCUCCACCCCCAAUUCCAGUUCCAACCCAAAUCAGAACCAACACACCAGCUCAGACUCCAACAAGUUCAACCCAGACCCAAAUAUUAAGUCAGGCGCAAACUGUAAUGUCUGCCUCACCUUCUUUCCAGACUGGAACCACUGUGCAGAUGCCAAAUCUACUUUCUCCAGCCCGCUCUCCACCCACCCAAAGCCCAGUUCAAACUUUAACCAUGGCCCCAACUCCAAUCCAAAUUACACCUCAAACCUCACCAUCUGUUCAGUUGCAAGCUUCAGCCACUCUGCAAAUUCAAAGCAAAGUUGCACCACAAACUCCAACCAACACCACGCAAAUUUCAGCUCAAGAGAAUACAUCCAGGUCGCCACUAACUCAAAGCCCAGCCCAAAUGCUAACGCAAACCCAAACUGCUGCCCCCACCAUGGCUCAAAACCUGAGUUCCCUUCAAACUCCUUCCUCAGAGGAAACUCAGUGUUCUACCAAAACUUUAACCACAGACCAAACUCAGACUUCUACUGAGACUUCAUCUCAAUGUCCAUCUCAAAUUACAAGCCCAGUUUCCAUCCAAAUCCAAACUCAAACACAAUCACCAGCUCCAUCGCUUCCACAUUUAGCACAAAAAGCCUCUGUUUCAGUGGCUCAAAUUCCCAAAGCAUCCCUAACUUCUGCACCAGUUCCUCCCCCUCAGCCUCCAUCCACCCUUCAAACGCCACAGCCUUCUUCCACUCUCUGCCCAUCCUCACUACAGUCUCCUACACCUUCCUCAAUCCCGUCUUCAGCAUCACAAGGACCCGCCAAAUCCACAACAGCUCCAGAUUUAGAGGCUUCAAGCACUGCCUUCUUCACACCCUCAAAAUUGGAGAAAUCAGACACAGCCACAGUGACAUCACAAAGGGAGUCUGAUGCACUAAGACACAAGCUUCCCGCUAACAUGUAAAAGGUCAUAGGUCAUCAUGACUGGUGAUAGUUGUCAUGAUGUGUUAGCGAUAGGUCAUGAUGUGUUAGUGAUUGUAAGCAGCAGAUGAGGGAGCAGAGCUGGAAAAAAGCACAUGCCGUUUUUUCACUGUUCGUUAAGUGCACAUUUUAUCCAAAAAUUUCAUCAAAGACAAUCAGCACUUGGUGGAGAAUGGAAACGUGGAAAGUUGGAGAAUUUGGAAACCAGUGAGUCAGUUUUCAGGAACCAGCGCUUAUUCCAUUUUAUUCAUUAAAGAUUACAUUCAAAUGAAUCUGUAAAGUACUGAACUGCAGCUUAUACAUUCCACACUGCAACGCUGGAAAUGUGAUGUCAUUACUUUUCAGCUCUGCCCCUUCAGUCACCUUUUAUUCACCAAAGUGUAAUAUAAAAAAUAAUACAGAUAAUAAUUAAUUUUAAUAUAAAUAGGCAAAAUAGAAGCAAUCCACUCAUGGUGUCUUGUCUCAGGUGUUCGGUGUUAGUUUGAGACAGUGCAGCUGUAGUGUUCAUGCACACACACACACACACACACACACACACACUACUAUGAUUACUGUGUUUUUGGUGUGCAGUGAUGUAGUUUCACACAGCUCUGUAAAUAUAACAGCUUCUCUGUCGGUCUGUAAAACACACCGAGGCCCUGUUCCAAUACUGGACCACUUCCCCUAGUCCACUCCCCUUGGCUAAAUGAUUAAAUCUUUUUAAUGUUUCAAAGUUUUAUUGUCAUUUGCACAGUAAUGAAACAUGUCCCCCCUGUACAAGGAAAUUCUUCCUUUGCUGUCCCCCUAAUGAAUGCAGCUAAAAAAGAAUUAGAAAAAUAUGAAAAAGUAUGAAAUGAAUAUCUAUCUAUCUAUCUAUCUAUCUAUCUAUCUAUCUAUCUAUUCAUCCAUCCAUCCAUCUAUCCAUCCAUCCCCUAAGUGAAACGUAUAAAGCAGUGAUCAGACUGGACAUGAGCAAAACAUGAUCUCUCCGUACUUGAUGCUUACACUGGACUUUACCUGCUGAGAGGGAAUCGGUUCAUGUUUAAUGUUCUUCAUAAGUGUAAAUCAAAGGCGGAGCAGCUACACUUUCUGCUUUCGUGUCUAAUUAUCAGUAUAAUUAUUACUUUUUUUGCUGUAAAUAUUGAUAUAAUUGUUCAUUGCUGUUUAAAUUCAGGCUCCCAUGUUUGCUUACUGACAUUUUAAGAGACGUGUGAGGGUCAGGCUAGCUAACUAGCGAACAUUAUCAGUGCACUUGAACUUGUACAAAGUUACGAUCCACGCUCAUCACUUACUAUUGUGAUAUUCUCUCUCUGUCUCUUAACUCUUA